AUGGCUGUUUCUGCUCUACACACUAAGGAAAAUGCGAAAGAUUUCCCAUUCAAAGUUACAGAGAUAGAACAUGCCAUGAUAAAUUUGUCUUCUGCUGGUCCUCUGUUGUUGUUGGGGAGAAGUGGCACAGGGAAAACGACCUGCUGUAUCAAUCGUCUUCGGAGUCAAUAUGAUCAACAUAAAAAAAAUGUUAUCAAACAUGAAGAAGAUCAAGCUGAUGGCGAAGAUGUUAUCAAGAGGACAGUCGGAACUUCUCAAAGUAACAGGAACGAGCUAGAUAAUGAUGUUCGGAAUCCUGUUGAAUAUGGUCUUAUUCGACAGGUAUUUAUUACCAAAAAUCUUGUACUUUGCAACGAAGUCCGGAAAACCUUUUGUGGAAUCCAAAACGCAAGUUCUUUUGAAUCCGGUCACACUUCAAGGGUGGAUAUAACUUUACCAUCAAGAUUUCAGGACCUUCAGAAUGUUCACUUUCCCAUCUUCACAACAUCCAGAAAGCUCUUGCUUAUGAUUGAUGCCUCUCUACCUAACCCAUUCUUUCGUCGGGACGAACAAGGCAAUAUAAAGGCUGAUGUACCUGGCUGGACGAAUGAUAAUGAAUCGCUCGAAUUUUUGGCUUCAAUAGAUGAUGAUUCUGAUAUAGAGUUAGAUGAAUCCAUCAACCAAGAACAAAAUUAUGACAAUGAAAAUAUAGAAGUAAAUAGGAUGAGUGAUGUUCGAAGGGAAGUUACUUACGAGAUUUUUGCAAAUCUUGUGUGGCCAAAAAUUAAUAGAGGUAUGGACCAUUAUCAUCCCUCCCUCAUAUGGAUGGAAAUUAUAUCAUUCAUAAAGGGGUCUUUUGAGGCCCUCUCUGCUAAACAGGGACAUCUCAGUAAGAGAGACUAUUUUGAUCAAGGCAAGAAAAAAGCCCCGAACUUUACCGGAGAACGAGAGACAGUUUAUGAAAUAUUUUUGAGAUACAGACAUUAUCUGAAGCAGCAUUUUAUGUUUGAUGAGACGGAUGUAGUGAGACACAUUUUCAAAAGAAUGAAAAGAGCUGAUAGAGAUUUGUGGAACAUUCAACAAAUAUAUGUCGACGAAACCCAGGAUUUCACUCAAGCAGAACUGUAUUUGCUCUUAAACUUGUGUCGCAAUCCGAAUGAUAUAUUUUUGACAGGAGACACAGCUCAAAGUAUCAUGAGAGGGAUUUGCUUUCGAUUCAAAGAUCUUUGCUCUCUCUUUUACCAUGCCAAAGAUUCAAGGAAAGAUUUUGAAAACAUUAUCAUUCCAGAAAAGGUUCAUCAACUUACUCACAACUACCGAUCUCACAAUGGGAUACUUAGUCUAGCAUCUAGCAUUUUAGACAUUCUCAGGGAAUAUUAUCCAGAUUCCUUUGAUAUUCUAGAAAACGACAAGGGAUUAUUUCCAGGACCUGCUCCCAUUCUUCUAGAAUCUUGCAGUAUCCAGGAUAUAGCUACGAUGCUUGCAACAGAAAAGAAACAAGCGAUAUCAAACUUUGAGUUUGGUGCUCAUCAAGCGAUCUUAGUGGUAAAUGAGGAGGCUAGGGAUUCUUUACCCGAAGAAUUGCAACAUGGAAUCGUACUCACGAUUUACGAAGCAAAGGGUCUUGAGUUUGACGACAUCCUUUUAUACAACUUUUUCAAAGAUUCACAGGCUGGUAAGGAAUGGAGAGUUGUGAGCAGUUUUUUGGAAAAACUAACAUCUGAAGAGAAUGAAUCAACAUCUCAAGAUGAAGUUGAAAGCUUUGUUGAAAUAGACUUUGGUGCCUUCAAAGAAAAGCAAACGCGGUCUAGACCUUUGCAGUUUGACCCAAUUAAGCAUAAGGUGCUGAAUACAGAACUGAAACACUUGUACACAGCUGUCACAAGAGCUAGAGUCCGUGUCUGGAUAUUUGACGCAGACCAGGAGCAACGAGCCCCAAUGUUUGAAUAUUUCAGAACUCGGAAGGUGGCUAAAAAUAUAACAGAUAGUAAAGAAGCAGGUAUUUAA